CUGACCACAAUUGUCUUGGUGCAUAAAACGGUUAAAAAAAACUCUGCUUCCCCUAGAGUGAAGACGCUUCUUUUGUGGAUUCUCAUCGAAAUUCGGUUCUUCUUCGAUUAACGGCGCAAUGGUUUACAUCGCAGCGUGGGACGAAUUCGUGGAGCGAACCGUACAGUUAUUCCGUGCCGAUCCUGAAUCUACUCGGUAUUGCAUGAAGUACCGACAUUGUGAUGGCAAAUUGGUUUUGAAAGUUACCGAUAACAAAGAGUGCCUUAAGUUCAAGACAGAUCAAGCACAGGAGGCUAAGAAGAUGGAGAAACUGAACAAUAUAUUCUUCACUUUGAUGGCUCGGGGACCCGAUGUGGACAUGUCAGAAAUUACAGGGAAAGAACAGAUGGAAGCACAGCCAGCAAAGAAGGGAAGGGGAAGAAAACAGUAGCUUGAUAUGCAGGUAGACAUGAGGUUUUUGAACAAAUAUGAUAGGACCCAGUGAAUUUUAGAGAGAAAUUUUGUGACUUAUGGUUUGAAAAUGCUCAGAUUGUCAAAAUUUUUCUGAAGAUAUUAAGACGAAAUAUUAUUGAUUUUCUGGAUUCCCUAGAAUGCAGAUUCACUUUCUGUACAAGUAUAUCAUUAUGUUCCCUUUCAAAAAAUAAGAUAUAUGCCCCCUUUUGGGCUGGAUAGAA